GUCAAAUGUUCUGUGCCGUCAGUGACAGGAUGAAUUUGUAGUUCACGUUAAAUAAUUUUAGCUAAAGUUACUAUUAAGGACAAAGAAGAGUAACAUAAUCUGUCAACAUGUCGAACUUAGAUGAUAAUCCCUUUGGGGAACCCACAAUUGACAACCCGUUUGCGGACCCGUCAGUCCAACAGGUCGCUAGAAAUACUAGUGCCCAGAUUAAAGUUGAUGAUUAUAAUCCUUUCGAUAAUCAGCCCCAAAUACCAAAACAGAUUGCUUACAAUCAGCCAAACACUGGACCGGCAAUCAUGCAACCAACUCAGGAGCCCCCGACUUACACCAGAAGUGCACAACAGACCCACACAGCUCCCUCGAUCAACACCGAAGAGCUGCAGAGGCGCCAAGAGGAGCUGGAACGGAAGGAGCAGGAGUUGGCCCGGCGCGAGGAGGAGAUGAGACAGUCCUCAUAUAACGUGAGACGCAACAAUUGGCCCCCGUUGCCGGAACAAUGCUGUUUCCAGCCUUGUUUCUAUCAGGAUAUUCAGGUCGACAUACCGUUGGAGUUCCAGAAAAUCGUUCGUCACUUGUACUACUUGUGGAUAUUUCACGGGGCUCUGAUGCUGCUGAACAUAGUUGGAGGCAUGUUAAUGAGUAACUUUACGAUCAUCGGACUGGGUAUACUGUACACACUACUGUUCACACCGUUCUCCUAUUUGUGUUGGUUCCGUCCCGCCUACAAAGCAUUUAGAUCCGAUUCGUCGUUCAACUUUAUGGUGUUUUUCUUUAUCUUCUUCUUUCAGUUCGUGAUCACGGUCUUUCAGGCCAUUGGAUUCUCAGGCUCUGGCACGAUAGGAGUCUACACCGCCUUGAGCACCUUCGACCACACACCAUGGAGCAUAUUUGUGGGUAUCGUUGCCUUGAUCAUUGCCUGCGGCUUCGUCUUCGCCGCAAUGGCUGAUCUUUUCCUCAUAUCAAAGAUUCACCGCAUGUACCGCAGUACUGGGGCCAGCUUCUCGAAGGCCCAGCAAGAGUUCACGACGGAGUUCCUGCGCAACCAGCACGUGAGGAGUGCGGCCAGUAACGUGGCCGCAGCCGCCGUUCAGUCCCAAUUUAACCAGAAUAAUACCAGUAACACACGAUACUAAUGCAAGAUUCUUUAAUUACUUUCAGUAUUUGUUUAAAUUUUGGCUUUAUACUUUUUAUCGAGGCUGUUUUAACGUUAAACUAGUUAGACGGGGAUUCAGGGGUUGCCUUAAUUAAUGCAAGUGGGAUACAAUGUUUAACUAGUUGUCUGCGUUAGGACGGCGUUCAUCGUUUUAACCCAUUGUUAUUAAUGACUAUUGUAAAUUAUUUAAAAAUGUACAUUUUUCCAGUUACUGUAAAAUGUGUAUAUUACAGAAAAUGUAACAUCGACUAUAAAUACGUGUUAGGUUGUGUUGUGUAAAUAAAUAUUUAAAGGGUAUGGGUACAUCAAGUCGUAGAAUAUCCAAAGACUUGGUGCCAGGGUAUUGUAUUUAAAAUCAUGUAUAGUUCUACCCUUUACAUCUUAAAUCAGUCAAUUUUAUCGAUAAAAUCGGGCACCAUUCGUUGCUAUUAUUUAAUUGUUUUGUAUUAGACUGUUCUUUAAAAAGAUUAGUUUUCUUUAUUUAAAAAUGGGCCUCAUUUGACCCCUUAAAUUUAUUUAGAUAAUCUGUGUUAUAUAUAUAUUGUUAUGCAACACUUAGAUUAAGUUGCAGUCCACUUCAAAUAUAAGUUACACUGAAUUAUAAUUAUAUAAUAUAUUUAUACUUUACAAGUUCUUUUUGUGACCAUUAUUUCCAAGUAUGUGAAGAACGAGUACUAAGAUUGAUCCAAAAUCGUCUUAUUUUCCUAAUCCCAAAUAUUUAAUUUUUGUUUAUUAUAAUAAAACUUUUUUUAUUGA